CUGUCGUGUCUUUCCCUGCCACUAUAUGGCAUUGUGCUAAGGGACGGAGCGCGUUGAUUGAGGGGCGGUGCGAUGCGUCUCUAUAUAUAGAUGUGCGAUGCGUUUGCCUCUUCCUCUUCCGCUUCCUUCCUGUGGCCACUGUGAUUGUGUGACGUGGUCGUUGCGGGCGUAUGAUCCUCUUCGCUCAGAGCGCGACCGGCUGCCGGGCCGUGGGGAUGUGUCGCCCCACUGGUAGUUUUUCCUGGAGAUGCUCAUCUGCCCUUUCGGUGUCGUGGGCUCCCUGUGACCGUUAAUCCCUGGUGGUGGUGUGUUCUCCACGGUCCCCCCUUUUUUUGGUUUUGUGUGUGUGUGAGUGUGUAGUUUCACGGGUGAUUCUGUCGAGGACCUCCCCCCCCCCCUUUGUCUUGUGGUUGUCCUGUUGCAUGGUAGCCCCGGCCAGCUUCAUUUGCCCCUUGGUUUGUUUUAUUGUGUGUUCAAUUGGUGUGACUGUGUUUGACUUGUAUUUUGUUUACUUUAUGUGUUAAUAAAUUCUUUGUUGUGGAACCGUCUCGCCCUGUGGUAUUGAACCUGUGUGGCCUUGGUUUAAAUAACCAACACAGUUAAGCUCAGAUUUCCUGGGGCGCAAUUCCCCAGGUGGCGUUGUCGCAACUACGAUUUUUUUAAUGCUCCUUAGCGUCCACCUCGCCACAUUCUGGCGUUGUCGGCAGGAUCCACAUUAAUAAAGGCAGAGACGUGUUUCAUUUUUGUCCUUUUCUUUAUAUAGUUUUCCUUCUUGUGUUCUGUUAAACUGGUUAUUAGUGGGUGUCCUGUUUUGUAUGUGUAAUUGUUGAGCCAAAACGGCAGUGUCUGUUCCAGGGACAUAAAAAUUUUUUUCUUACACUGCUUUGUGAGGCUUGGUGUAGGUUGUUCCAUCAGUAUGGAGGAGGAGAUGCAGCAGCUUAAGGAGCUUGUGUUGCAGCUUAAAGCGGACAAUGAGCGGCUCCGUCAGGAGCGGGCUGCUUCGCUGGGGGACUCUGGUGGGGCUGCUCCCUUUGCUCCGCCUGGUCAUGCUCUGCCUGCAGGUGCGGCUGCUGCUGUUACAGAGCGGCUGGUUGUCGUCCCAAGAGACCGUAGGUGCCCGAUGUUCAACGGUAAGACUGGCAUUGGAAUAUCUGACUGGGUGGAGGAGUUACAGGCAUGUGUGCGUGCCCGCCAUCUUUCCACUGCUGACCAAGCUCUCUUUAUUUUUGACCACUUGGAAGGGGAAGCGAAGGAAGAAAUUAAGUAUCGCUCUGCUGCAGAGCGAGGAGACCCAGGUAAGGUUCUCACCAUUUUACAAGAGCUGUAUGGUUGUGCUCAGCCUUACGUAACCUUGCAGCAGGCUUUCUUCUCUCGGCACCAGCUGGAGGGCGAGACCUUGCACGAGUUCUCUUUGGCCUUGAUGGCUUUAAUGGCACAGGUGAGGCAGUGCGCACCUGAUGGUGUGCCAAAUGCUGAUAUUCUCCUUCGGGACCAAUUUAUCGAGCAUGUGCUUGACUGUUCUCUCCGGCGGGAGCUUAAACAGCUUGUUCGUCGUCAGCCAACUGUCACACUGUUGGAGCUGCGUGGUGAGGCGAUUCGGUGGGAGAGGGAGGGUCUGCCAGGAGGCACUAGAGGGCGUAGUGUUUCUUUGCCAGCAGCUUAUGGCCUGCAGUAUAGCAUGCAGGGCCAUGCCCCGCUGGCCCCUAAUAGCACUCCAUCUGGGCCAGGUCUUAGUGAGCUGAUGGAUCUUUUGAAGCGCCAGCAGGAGCAGCUGGACCAGUUGACUCAGACCGUAGCCUCCCUACAGGCCCCUCGUUCACAAGGCCAGACUUCUCGCAGUGGCCCUUUAAUUUGCAGACGGUGUCAGCAGCCUGGCCAUUUUGCUAGAGAGUGUGACGGUGGACGGGUCCCCCGUAGACAGCGGGUUAGUUCAGUGCCUGGCUUGAACUCUAAUGCUGCAGGGUUAACUCACCCCUCUCACCCUUCGGAAAACUGAAGCCCACUGAGCUGCUGAGCCACAGUUCAGUUGGGGAGUCCAUAGGCUCACAGGAGGGUGCAGUAGCUGGUUUAAUUGCUCCUUGCCCAAACAUCGAUGCCUCCAUGGGAGGAGUCGCUGUGUCAUGUUUGGUGGACACUGGUUCCAUGGUGUCCACCAUCACAGAAAGCUUCUUCUUGGAGCAGUUUGCACCUUGGGGUCAUGAUCGCCUUCAUUCGUGUCACUGGUUACAGCUGCGAGCAGCUAAUGGCCUGGCGAUUCCAUACGUCGGCUAUUUGGAACUUGAUGUGGAACUCUGUGGUAAGGUGAUGCCCCACUGUGGGAUCCUUGUUGUUAAGGACCCCCCUGACAGGGCGUCUUCUGUCCCUGGUAUCAUAGGGAUGAAUGUGAUCCGUCGAUGCUAUCGUGAGCUCUUUGGUGCAUAUGGUCCUUCUCUUUUUGAUUCGCCGUUCGUUUCCCAGGCACCUGCUCCAGUGGUUGCAGCCCUACAAACGUGCCACCAGUCUUCCAUUCAAACUCCGAGUGACCCGACUGGCACGGUGAGGGUCCGGGGGAAGCGGGUGGUGCGUAUUCCAGGUGGGGUGAUGAAGCUUGUUGCUAGCACCUGCCCCCAGCAGUUUUCUGGUCAGACUGUGCUGUUUGAGCCCCCUGAAUCAGGCUUACCAGCGGGGCUGCUAGCCUCUCCCUGCCUGGUGCAGGUUGUUCGGGGUACUGUGUAUGUUCCCAUAGUUAACGUGGGGGCAGCGGAGGUUCUCCUUUACCCACGGACCAGUCUUGGUCUCCUGAACGCUGCUCAGGUCAUCAGUUUACCUGCAGGGGUGACUGAGGUGGAGCCUACAUUGGUGACCAUCUCUUCCCAAAUAGCUGCUCCCUCAGUACCCGAUAGGAUAGAGUCCCUAAGUCUGUCCCCAUUGCCUGAGCAGGAGCAGACGGGUGUAAGGUCUCUACUGUAUAAGUACCAGUCAGUCUUCUCAGCCCAUGAUGGUGACCUGGGCUGUACUAACCUCAUCUCGCACGACAUACCACUGCUUGAUGAUGUUCCAGUCAGGCAGAGGUAUCGACGCAUCCCUCCAUCAGAGUAUGAGGCGGUGAAGGCGCAUAUCAAUCAGCUUCUGGAAUCUCAGGUCAUCAGGGAAAGCAGCAGCCCUUACGCAUCUCCCAUCGUCUUGGUGCGGAAGAAGGAUGGGGGCCUGCGUAUGUGUGUGGACUAUCGUCCCCUAAAUAGUAAGACCAGGAAGGAUGCCUUCCCCCUACCUCGCAUCGAGGAGAGCUUGGAUGCACUUUCUGGGGCUCGCUGGUUCUCCACAAUUGAUUUGGCCAGUGGCUAUAAUCAGGUUCCGGUGUCAGAGAAGGAUCGUCCCAAAACUGCCUUCUGUACACCGUUCGGCCUUUUUGAGUUCAAUCGCAUGCCUUUUGGCUUGUGUAAUGCCCCAAGCACCUUCCAGCGGCUCAUGCAGAGAAUGUUUGGUGAUCAGCAGGGUCAGUCAUUACUGCUUUACCUGGAUGAUAUUGUCGUCUAUUCUUCCUCCGUUGAGCAACAUCUUCAGCGGCUGGAAAUGGUGCUCGGUCGGCUCCAGAAGGAGGGUCUUUGUCACGGCUGA